AUGCUGUCGAGGCUGCCUGCGGCUGCUCUCAACAACUCUGCGACAUUCGCGGCCGCUCGCUCGGCGUCUCUGCGAACGGCGACGCGCUCUGGCACUCAGCAGGUCCGGUUCGCGUCCUCCGGUGCUGCGUCUUCGAAUGCUGCUCAGUCCUUCAUCAACUCCCGUGCAACCCUCGCCUCGGCAACAUUGCUCACCGCUGGCUCGAUAGCAUGGUACACUCAUCUUUACGGCAGCCUUCCCUUCAUUGGUGAAGUGCACGCUUCUUCUCCCGCCGAGGAUGGCCUUCACCCGCCCGCCUACCCGUGGUCGCACAAGGGCUUGCUUAACACCUUCGACCAUGCCAGUAUUCGGAGAGGCUAUCAGGUUUAUCGCGAAGUCUGCGCGGCAUGUCACUCCCUUGACCGCAUCGCUUGGCGCAACCUCGUCGGUGUGUCCCAUACUGCCGAUGAAGCGAGGGCCUUGGCCGAGGAGGUCGAGUACACGGACGGCCCGAACGACCAGGGCGAGAUGUUCCAGAGGCCCGGAAAGCUUUCGGACUACAUGCCCGCUCCUUACCCCAACGAGGAGGCCGCCCGUGCUUCUAACGGUGGUGCUCUUCCUCCUGACCUUUCUUUGAUCGUGAAGGCUCGUCAUGGCGGCGCGGACUACCUCUUCUCCCUGCUGACGGGUUACGUCGACGCCCCUGCUGGUGUUGAAAUUCGUGAGGGCAUGAACUACAACCCUUAUUUCCCCGGCGGUGCCAUCUCUAUGCCUCGUGUGAUCUUCGACGGCCUCGUCGAGUAUGACGAUGGCACACCCGCAACCACCUCGCAGUUAGCCAAGGAUGUUACAACCUUCUUGAACUGGGCUGCAGAGCCUGAGCACGAUGAGCGAAAGAAGAUGGGUCUCAAGGCUGUCAUCUUGUUCUCUGCCCUCACCGCCAUCAGCUUGUAUGUCAAGCGCUUCAAGUGGUCGGUCAUCAAGUCCAGGAAGAUCUUUUACAGCCCGCCGGUAGAUAAGGGCCACUAGAGAUACGACAACCGUGUGCUUUCUCUAUAUUAAACAGGGCCUUACCUACCAGUGUCUCUGUAAUAUUCUUUUUCAACAGAAAUGAACGGUUCAUGUCUAUUUCGGCCUCAUAGCCAUUGAUCCAAUGUGAAUGAGGAGACUCGCUAUUGCAGCCUUUUCAUCACAACAUCAACAUUUUGCCCUAUUGACUUGGUUCGAAAUGUUAAUGUUGAGGUGCCUUGUGGGUCCGUAGCGCUAAAUUUGUGGUGCUCAUAUAAUUUUCCCACGAGCCAUUGCACCGAUAGAGCAACGUCGGACUCAUUGACCCUCCUACCAGUCAUCCUCCCUGCCCUCCGUCCACUGCUAUCUACGCAUUACACCUAUAGGCCAGCGUCUUCAGUACUCGUCUAACACAGUCAUAUCUCUAACAUGUCUACUGCUGCUGAGUCUUGGCCGCCACC